GUUGUCGUUUGUACGUCCAAUCGCUCUGUUGUGUCAUCGUGAACCAUGGUGAGCUUGGAAGAGUUUCGUGCGUAUCGUUCACCGUUGAAGGAUUUCUACGACGGGAAGUACGUGCUGCUAACCGGUGGUAGUGGCUUUCUAGGGAAGCUGUUGAUCGAGAAGCUUAUCAAAUGCAACGUUGCGGAAAUACUGUUGAUCCUUCGACGAAAGAAGGGACUCAGUCCGUCCGACCGACUGGAGCAGCUGCUCGGGAAGGAGGCUGUGUUCGUGAACUAUGCCAACGAUCCACAGCUGUACUUGUCCAAGAUUCGACUGAUUGAAGGUGACAUCAGUGAGGUUGGCGUUGGCAUCUCGAACGAUGAUAUGGAGUACAUUUACGAGCGUGCAAACAUUAUCAUCCAUGCUGCUGCCGAUGUCCGAUUUGAUGAAUCGCUUAGAGAAUCGAUCCAGACGAAUGUGCGUGGAACGCAGGAGAUGCUACGGAUUGCCGAAAGGUGUCGCAAGCUAGAGAUAUUCACCUACAUUUCAACGGCCUUUUCUCACUGUGUGUUGGGAGUUAUCGAGGAGAAGUUCUACGAACCUCCGCUCGAUCCGACCGUUCUAAUUAAGGUGUCGGAAAAACAGGACGACGUAGAUAACUUCGAGCUGCUCUGUAAGAAGAUUAUUGAGCCGUGGCCCAAUACGUAUGCCUUUACAAAGUCUCUCUCGGAGGAGAUUGUGCGACGAUACAAAAGCAAGCUUCCAGUAGCGAUCAUUCGACCCUCAAUCAUAACAACAACCAUGAAGGAUCCCAUUCCCGGCUGGACGGAUAAUUUGUACGGUUUCAAUGGAGUAGUAUGUGGAGCGGCAACCGGUGUCCUGCGGAUUUUUCACAUCCACAUGGACUACAAAGCGAGCAUUGUUCCGGCGGACACAGUCAUCAACUCGACGCUUGCCGUCACCUGGUACGCCGCCAACAAUCGAGCCGAGGACAAUGUGUUCAAUUGCACCACCGAUGAUAAUCCAGUAAGUUGGCGUGAAACGCAACACCAGCUGGAAGCAUGGAAAGAUCGUAUUCCGUUCGAUAAAUCGCUAUGGAUAACGACGUAUAACACGACCCGCUUCAAGCUGGUGGCGGACAUUUUGUCCAUCUUCUACCACGUGCUUCCGGCACUCUUCUUCGACGCGAUACUGAAACUUCGUGGUCAAAAACCUCAGGUACUAAAGCUUUACCGUAAGGUGCACCGGUUUUCGGCAGUGUUACGAUUCUUCACCAAUAACGAGUGGUGCUUCCGGACGGGGCGUAUGCGUCGCGUACUGGAUGCAAUGGCGUCUGAGGAUGAGCGAUUUUUCCCCUGUGAUGCAAAGGCGAUCCAGUGGAACGAUUUCUUAGACCAUCAGAUAAAGGGUUUGCGCCAGUACCUGAUGAGGGAUCCGUGGAGUACGUUGGAGAAGUCGUUAAAGCGUCAUCGGAUGCGAAUCUUCAUGCAUUGGUGCUUUAUCGGAGUGUUGUAUACAGGGAUUGUAUUCGUUGUCUUGAAGUUAUUGCACGCUUAUGGAUUUAUAGAUUUUCAAGGAAUAAACGAAAGCAACGCUGAAGAGUGUUUAGCGGAGGAGGUGGUGUGA